GUAACAACUCCUUUAUCGUUAAUAUUAUUUUUCAUUGUAGGUUGUGUCUGCCAUUACACAUUGCACACUCGUGCUAUAGCCGCGGCUAUGUAUGGGAGUAGGUUGAUAUCACGGUAGGGCGCUGUGUACAUCGCCAUCUCCGUACUUGGCGGGCAUUCUCCUUGCUUCCCCCACCGCAUCCUCGGCAUCUUUUUUCGCCUUCAGUUCGACUCCAGCCACUUACAACUUCUGCACUUCUAUCAUAUGUCAGCCAAACAAUUUGCCUUCCACCAUCCCAUCACUUCUCCACAACUUCGAGCUCCUCCUCACCCAGGGCCCGACGAAGACACCAGCUCCUUUUCCUCCAGCGCGCUUCAAGCCUGCGGUGUUGCGACGAUUGCCGCGGUCGGCCAUCUCAAUCCACAACAGAUAAUGUCAAGAUAAUAUGACGACAGUCUCGCCGCCUAAGCCCUGGGAGCGUGCUGGUUCAGCAGCCGCUUCUGGCACAACUACACCUGUGAGCUCUACGGCUAUGAGUGCACCCUCUAAUCUUCCUUCCACCGAUCCCUCCGCGUCUGCGCCAGCUCUUCCCGACCGGCCCUCCACACUCAACAAUGUAGUCAACCAGACUGCUUCUAAUUACACGAACCAAAACCGCUUCGGCACUGGCAUCGGCACUGGAAUUGGCACUGGAAUGGGCGCGAAUCCAUAUUCAUCGCCCUACUCGUCGUACUCGUCGCCCUACAAUCGCUUCGGCGGAGGCAUGUAUGGUGGAGGCAUGUACGGAGGCGCCGGCGGUAUGUAUGGUGGAGGAAUGUAUGGCAGCGGCAUGUAUGGAGGAGGCUAUGGAAACUAUCCUGGAAUGCCUGGCGAUCCGAAUAAUAACCAGAGCCUGACGCAAACAUGGAACCAGAGCACGGCAGCAACGUUUCAAAUAAUGGAGAGUAUUGUAGGCGCCUUUGGUGGAUUUGCGCAGAUGUUGGAGAGUGCUUAUAUGACGACUCAUUCUUCGUUCUUUGCGAUGGUCUCGAUGGCCGAACAAUUAGGUAAUCUCCGCCAUACACUCGGCUCAGUGCUAGGAAUUUUCACCUUGAUGCGCUGGAUGCGGACACUACUGGCCAAAAUCACAGGCCGACCACCCCCAGCCGAUGCGACGGCACUCACGCCCGCCAACUUCUCGAAUUUCCUGUCUGGCGGGCGCGCUCCAGCGACCCUUCCGGAUGGCAGCCCUGCCCCUGCUCGACCUUCCAAGAAACCAUUCAUAAUGUUCGCCAUUGCCGUCUUCGGCUUGCCAUACCUGAUGGGCAAACUCAUCCGCGCUAUGGCCCGAUCCCAAGAAGAAGAGCAACGCCGUCAACAAGAACAAAUGUCUUUGACAUACACCAACCCCAAUGGCGAACAAGUUCCCAUUGACCCUCGAAAACUCGACUUCUGCCGUGUCCUCUACGAUUAUACACCCACGCCUAACUCCGGUGGCAUGGAUCUAGGCGUCAAGAAAGGUGACCUGGUUGCUGUCUUGUCCAAGACUGACCCCAUGGGGAACGCCUCGGAAUGGUGGCGAUGCCGCGCACGAGACGGCCAAAUGGGAUACUUGCCCAGCCCGUAUCUCGAACCUAUACAACGACCUGCACCAAGGCCGGCCGCUCAGAUCACAGAAGGUGCGGCAACUCCGCGACCGACCGCCCAGAUUACAGAAGGUGCAGCAUCUCCGGCCCCUGGCAGUCGAAAUCUCACAAUGAACGAAUUUCUCGACGCAGCAAAGAAACCCCGCGCGGAGGACCCCAGCAUUCAAAAUCUGGAGUCAAUGCACGCGGUGAGCAAUCCGGUGAAGAAUAUGCAGACUUCUGUACCUGCUGGUGUGAAAGGACCGCAGAUGAAGACGAAGCCGGGCGAUAUUUCGGCGGAGAGUUUCCAGAAGAGCGCUUUCUAUUCCUGAAAAAAAUGAUUACUUCGACAUGCAACGUUUUUGGAUUGAUGAAUGUGAGAUGUUGAUGUCGCAAUUUGCCAUUGAGCCAUUGAGCCAAUGUACUACGUAGUAUCGUGUUUGUGUCAGCAGUCUCAAUUCAGUAAUCUACUCGUUGGAGGGAAAUUUGUUCUCGUCUGUAAUUUCUUUAUUCAUCUUUUGGUCGAUAUCUGUCUAUGUAUUUCCAGGUGACUGACCACGAGAAAAGCGAUGACAACAAUAUAAUUUGGUAUCAGCCGUUAUAGAAUAUCAUUCCAGAAUUGUCG